UUGGCUCCCAGUCACAUGACGGGAAGCUCGCAGUGACGCGGCUGAGUGGGAGUCGUUUUGAAAUGUAAAUACACAUCCAUGAGCUUUUCGUCUGUUUUAUUCUCCAACCGAUGAACAAAUGAAGUUAUAUUUGAUUUAAAAUGUCAGGAGAAGGACUAAUGCAGCAGAGCCGAGAACCAUGAGGCUGGAAGCUAAAGCGGAAGAGCUCAUUCAUUAAAACCUGGAUGCGGUUGUGCUUCUGUCCCAGGAGGAGUGGCAGUUUCCCACUAUACCAUCUAUCUUUGCAGGCUGGUCGUGACAGCAGCUCCAUUGGCCUUUCAAUGGGAGGAAAACCUCACUAUCAUGGACGACUCUGACCAGGAUUUUGUAGAUCUUGCAUCCAAGCUGCUGAAACGAGUCCGAAAGAAACCAGCUGAACCCAGGCUGCCACGGAGAGCAGAGCAUCAGUCGGCCUCCAGUCAGGCAAGCGAGGGUGUCAAGAGGAGGAGAAACAACAAAAAGGAUGGUGACUCUCGGCCAAAAGUCCCGGGGACCCAGUCUGUCUGCAGUGGGACUGGCUGUGACUCAGGAGAUGCUGGGUCUUUGGCUGUGCCUUCAGGAGCCAGAGCUGAGAGAGUCCUGACAGCGGAAGACAAAGUGCUCCUCAGGAUGCAACAGUUCAAGAGAGCCAGUCCUCAGAGGAUGGUGCACAGGGACGCGACCCUGCCAACAAGCCACGAGAACGACCGCACUCCGAACCCACCGCCACAAAGACAAGAUCCUCCACAACCCAGCACUUCUGGUCUCCACCCAGACAGUGACGAGGCGUUGGCCCUGCGGCUGCAGCAGGAGCUGGACAAGGAGGCAGCAGAGGCCGAGGUGGUGAACCUGGAGGACGGAGGCCUCUUCUUCUGUCAGAUCUGCCACCGAGACCUGUCACACAUGACCCCCGAUGGGCGAACGCAACAUAUCAACAGGUGUUUAGAUGACAGUGAAGAGAGCGCCCCACCCCCUCCUCCUCCCCCUGCUCUCCCUGAAUGUCCGAUCUGUGGUAAGAAGUUCAAGUCCCAGAAGAGUCGCUCGGCCCACCUGAAGCGCUGCUCCUCAGACAUGGGCGUACUUCCAGCUGUCUUGCUGCAGGCUCUGCAGAGACAGGCUGAAGAGACCCAGAACGUCCCCACUGUCAACACAGCACGCACACAGACUGGAGGCACUAAAAGGAAAGGCCCUUCCAAGCCUGGCGUCCCAGCGAGGAAGAAGCCCAGGAAGAAGAGCGAUCCUCUGGAUGAAGACACCAUGGUGGCUCUGGCUCUGUCCUCCUCCCUGCUGGAACAGGAGAGGGAGGCACAGAGAGGGUUAAAAACAGAGGUCACUGCCGUUCACACCUCCAUGACUCCAGUGCUGAAAGCAGACACAGGUAAAGGGCGUAGAAAGAAGAAAAAAGGAGCCGUCCCUCGUCCUCCUCCGCUCCUGCUCGUUCAGGAUGCUCAGGCGGCCCUGGUGAGGCUGCAGGAACGUGUCUCUGCUCUCCUCCUACACAGCCGGGCCCCCUCUCCCCCCACCCCGACCCGCUGCCCCAGCAGCCUGUGUGGCUUGAGCAGGGCGGCCCCCCUCUGGCAGAAAAGCACACUGCUGAGCAGCAGCUUCACCUGUCAGUCAGAUUUCUACACUCAGGAGCUCAGAGAGUUCAUUACUCCUUGGGAAACCCCAAAGACUGCUGCAGCCCCUUUGAACGCUGGAAACAAGUCUGAGUCUUCUCUGCGACCUCUGACUGAAGGAACUCCUGUGGCAGGGGCCAGGACCUCCAUCCUGCCUUCUUCCUCCCAGACUGCAGCCUCCUCCUCGGCUCCCUCCACCCCGGGCACGGGGCAGCACCCAGUGGGCAGCCAGGCCCUGAGGGACCUGAUGGAGCUGGCUGAAGACGGCAUGACCCUCACACAGUGCAGAUACAUGACCUCGGGCAGUGACAAAAACGAACAGAGCAGAGCCAGUCUGUCUACAAACCUCCUGGAGGAGUCAGAGGAGCAGGCUGACAUAUGUGUGAGCGGCUUCCUGCCAGAGGCGGCACACACACACUCAGAAAACACACAGAGACAAGCACAGAGGAAAAGUGACAAGCCACGUGGAGAUGAAGAGCGAGGCAGCCACCGAUCGGUGGCACUAUCGAGACUGGAGUCAGACCUGAGCAGCAUGGUGAACAACCCUCAGCUCAGUGAUGUGCAGAUCCAGGUCGACAGUGGAGACGUCUACUUUGCCCAUUCCUUCAUGGUGUACGCCCGCUGCCCCCUGCUGGCAGAAAUGCUACAUGAAGGUGGUUUCGGGGUGCAGGAGGAGGGUUCGUCUGCAGCCCAGAGGGUGUUGAUGAGCGACGUCCCGGGACAGGCUGUGUUCGCUCUGCUGCAGUACCUGUACACGGCCCACUGCUCCAUCCCAGCCUCACUGCGACCUCACAUACUAGAGCUGGCAUCAAGGUUCGACUUGCAGGAGCUGCAGCAGCUUUGUGAGUCACCGACUCCUGAACAGGAGGCAGACUACAUGAACCAGGGCGAGAAUGUCAACGACCAAACAGACCAGGCCUUCAUGGUGCUCCUCCGCUCUAUGUGGAAUGAAGAGGAUGAGGAAGACGAGGGAUUAGAUACUGAUGGUGGAGAUGAUGAGGAGAGAAGGUUGGAAGAAGAAGAUCAUCAAACCGAUGAUGUCGCAUCUGGUGAAAGAGAGAUCUGUGAGGAACAGGUGAACGAGGAAGAGCUGGAUGAGAUCUACGAGUUUGCAGCAACACAGAGAAAGAGGGAGGAGGAGAAAGACUCAGUAGAGGACGAUGAAGAGCAGGAAAAGGUAGAUGAUGGAGAGGAAGAACUGACAGAAGCUAAAAGAGACUUGAGCAAGAAAACUCCAAAGCCGAACUCUCAACUUGAGCCAGACCCCAGCCUGGAUAUCACCUACAGCCGCCUCUUCUCAGACACUUGGGGAGUCUACGAGGACAAAGACCCCUCUUCCUUGUCACCUUCAACCUCAAGCCCACCAAAGACACACACCGUACAUUACCAGAAACACCAGUCCUCUCAUAAACCGUCAUGUGAACUCUCUGGCAGAACUUUGCUUCAGUCCUCACCAAGCGGAUUCGAUGCCUUUUCCCAGAGCCCUCCACCCAGUACCUCCAACCUGCCUGUGGCAGGUCUGUCCCCUGGUCAGGUGGGGGACUCAGGAACCGAUGCUGUUGAACUGGACGUGCCUAAACAAUGUCUGUCUUUGAAGCGAGAAGGCCAAGAUCCUCGUAGUAUUUGUGUUCCUGUUUCUCCUGAUUCACCCCCCAAAAAGAAGGAGCCAGAGCUCAUAGUUUUGUCCGACUCAAGCGAGGAGAUGGAGGUAGAUGUGGCUGUUCUAAGACCCUGCAGUCCUUCGUCACAUUCUCCUUGCACUGUCCAGAAGCUGCAGAGUUACACCCAAAUCAAACCUCAGUCAAUCCCGAAACCUACAGAACCCCUCAUGGAGAAUAAAGUGUCCCGUAGUUUAGAGUUAAAUCCUGGUGAUCCAUCUGCAGCCUUGGGUCAAGGUCAUCCAGGUUCCGGUUGUGAUCCGAGUCCAGACUGUUCCCCUGAAGUCUCCUGGCUGAUCCCGUCCACACCGGUGCAGCAUGAAAGAUGCAGUAGGACCAGCUCCAGCAGGUCCAGCUCCACACAGACCAAAAGCAGCAUUUGCAGGACACAGCUGUUCCCUAGUGGCGAUUCGUCUUCUUCACGCUCUUCUCUCUUCUCUUCCCCUGCUCUACCACUUCACAACACACUUCACAACUCGAGCAGUACUGCCCACGUUGGCCUAACAGAGCGCAGCAUUCCCAGGUUGAAACUGGAAGAGACCGCUCCCUGUAGCUCCAGCUUGGAUCUCAACUUUUCCCCUCAAAGAACCAGUAGUUAUGACGGAAGUAAGAACAGAGAAAUGUCUGCAGUUCUCCCGCACAAACUUACACUUGCACUCCUCUCAAGCUCAUCUCACCGUCAUCCCCUCCAAGCUUCCUCAAAGCAGGAGACACCCCAGCACGUCCAGCAGCAGCCCUACAGCAGCACUCCCCUGCACACAGGGCUCCGACAGCUCCCUGUUCUUCUUGCUGCCUCCCCGCUCAACAGCAGCCUCGACAAGCAGAGGUCAACCAGUCAAGGGGGGGAUAGGGCGUCAUCUGAGAGCCCAGAGAAGACAGAGCUAGGGAGCUUUCAUCUCUCCCCAUUGUCCUCCCCCUCUUCAUCUCACAGAGGUCUUCAUAGUUCACUGAAACAUAAGUCCUCCAGUGAGAGUCGACGUUCUGUUGAGUCCAGCAGUCAUGAGAACACAGGGGAUAAGCUCAAAAGAGGGGGAAGCAGAAAUGAGUGGACAGAAAGCGAGUGCAAAAAUAAAGACUCACGUGAUGAAGGACAACAGGCGGAGGCAAAAGAAGAAAGUGAGGAGGCAGAGAUUGCCCAGUCUAGUUUCCAGCAGAGCUUCAUGGACGAGCCUCCCAUUGCUUUCAAUGACUCAUGGGGCCUUGACGCCUGCGUGGAAGCAAACCCCGGCUGCUUCAGUCUGAGGCUGGAGGACAGCGGGGGAUCCAGCCGGCAGGAACGUAGCCUGGAACGAAAAGAAACAACCUCUGUUGACUGUCAUCCUCCACCAUCUAGUCACUGUAUCCAGUCAUCGAGCAGCUGCGGCGAUUUGGUGAACUCCUCUCCAUCUAAAGCCCACAGUGCACAACCAGCCACCAGCGCACAGGCUCAUAGAAACGCUUCCUUCACCCCGUCACCACCAGACACGCACAACAGCUUCAUGAACCCGCAAAUGUGGGACAGCUGGGAGGAGGAACAAGAGGAGGCUCUUCCUCUCUCUUGGAGGUUGAACCCUCCUGCUCAGCUCAGAACGCCAGCAUCAUCGCACAAUAAAAAGCACUGCUCCGUGGUGCCCAUCACUCCCAUGCCCCACUACUCUGACAUGGACACACCGGAUCUCAAGAACAAACUCAACAGGUUUGGCGUUCGGCCUUUACCCAAGCGCCAGAUGAUCCUCAAACUGAAGGAGAUCCACCAGUACACCCACCAGCUGGUCAGUUCAGACUCCGAGGACGAGGCACCCUCUGCGGGGCGUGCUGCUAAGAGGAAGCCCCCCCCUAACACCAGUUCAGCGGCUCCUGGCAGCCAGACAGUGAAGUUUAAAGAGCCCAUAGCGCCGGCUGCCGUCUCCCCUCUGAAACAGCGAGCGGAGGAGGAGGAGGAGGAGGAGGGAGAGCUGCUCUCUGCCUCACAGGGGUCCAACACCUCUUCAACAGCCGCCAGUGAAGAGUCUGGAAGGUCCAAUCCAGAGCUGUGCCUCACUUCCGAUGGCGACUCAGACAGUGAUGGCGUCUCUGCCUCCCAAGCUGUGACUCAACUUCAGGACCGCCUCAAGGCCGUGCGUUCCUUCAUCCUGUCGGACUCCGGGCUGUACAGUCAGAUCCUCCAGUACCAGCCUCUGGUCCUCUCCCAGCUCCAACAGCGACUCAAGGCGGCCGGGAUCCGCCUGGGCGCCGCCAAGCUGGUGGACUAUCUGGACUCUCAGUGCAUCACUUUCACCACGGCCAAGCCAGGCCACUCUGCACCCAGCCGCAGACGGGCCAAGAGGACGAAGGCAGCGGGUGUAAGAGGAGCAGGCAGGAAAAAAACUGUUACAAUUUCUCUUUAAAACACUAUGACUGAGAGUGGCCGGUUUUACUUCAGGGUUUGGAACAUUUGUCUGACAAGGACUUUCCGGAAAAGAAGCGGCCGUUAGAUUCUGAACAUUUUACAAAAGAUUGUGGGUUUGCUCCUGAUCAACUCGAUUCCUCAAAAGUUGAUCACAGUUUUACCAGUUUGUUUAAAAUGGAGGACAGUUUGGUUUAAGGUUUGACUGACUGAAAAUAAAGAAUACAAAAAAGGUAAAUGUUCAAAUGCUCAGUGGUAAACAAAAGAUCUUUUCAUUCAAAAAUGAUUCCUCAGUCAAUCUUGAUGUUUUCUGGAGUGGUAUAAUAAAUCCUUAUUUCACCUCUAUUAA